GCGGCGCAGUCGGGUCCAGGUCUCGUCACGAAGGGAAACCACUAAUGUUGAGCUUCUAUUGGUAGAGAUGAUGGACUCAGACUCUGUGGUUCGAAUUCCUCUGCGCCGUCUUGCAGUGGUCACAGUAUCACUACCUUUUGGGGCUUUCUUCCUAUGCAUUUAUCUCUCAUUAAGACACAACUUCGAUUUAUCUACUGCCACUCAUUGUGGAGUUCCUAAUUACUUACCAUCAAUAUCUUCUGCCAUUGGAGAAUUUGUACCUCAGCGAUACAUUUGGAGAGCUGCAAUUGCCGUCCACUCAGCGCCACGUUUCCUUAUUGCUGCAAUGUACAACAGUUUUAUGAGCAGGAUAUUACCAAAUAUUAAGUUUUAUAGGGUUAGUACAUGUGUGUGUGUUUUAGAAUGUGCUCAUAUUCUAUAUAGACUAUAUAAGGAAACAGGAGACAUUUUUGAAGUACCUGGGACUGAGCAUUAUCCCCCUCCCCCUCCUCCUCAAACAAAAGGCCUUUAAGUUAAACAAACCAGU